GGAGAUGUUGGACUUGGCGAGAUUUUACCCUCACUUUUUCAUUGGAGCUCAGCGGAUGAAGGUGGAGGAUCAUCAUCAUCACCAUCAUCAUCUUCCUCCUCUCUGCUGCCUGAUGCUUUAGUUGGCGUUGCUGCUGCUCCAGGAUCCCUCUCUGUCUGGGCUUUUUCUUAUUUCUUGGACAUCAGGAUAAACCAAUUUUUAUCUUUUUUUUCUGCUUUAUGGAAACACUUGACUUUACUUACCUUCAAAAGGAAUAAGCAGACGGAAGGUCUGACAGGACAAUCCGGUUGAAUAUUUUACUCCGCACGAGUCGAGUUUGUUUUUAAAGGGCACGGAGCCGCGAAGCUGCUGUCCGCGUGGAGCGGUGCCGAAGUCUCGCGUCCGGGCGCCAGGAGCUCCGCCAAGCCGCGCGACAUGGCCACGAACGGAGCGAAAGCCUCAGAUGGACACGUUCUAACGGAGGUGAACGCGGCGCCCGCGGCCAACGACAAGCCCAAGACACUGGUGGUCAAAGUGCAGAAGAAGAAAGAGCUUCCGGCUCGGGAAACGUGGUCCGGCAAGUUUGACUUUCUGCUCUCGUGCGUCGGUUAUGCCAUCGGGCUUGGAAAUGUGUGGCGGUUCCCCUAUCUGUGCGGCAAAAACGGCGGAGGGGCCUUCUUGAUUCCAUAUUUUUUGACCCUCAUAUUCGCCGGCAUGCCCUUGUUCUUUCUUGAGUGUGCUCUCGGUCAGUACACCUCCAUCGGUGGCCUUGGAGUGUGGAAAUUGGCGCCUAUGUUUAAAGGUGUUGGGUUGGCGGCAGCAGUCUUGUCCUUCUGGCUUAACAUCUACUAUAUUGUCAUCAUUGCCUGGGCCAUUUACUAUCUGUACAACUCUUUUACCACGGAUCUCCCAUGGAAAUCCUGCAACAACCCCUGGAAUACAGACCAAUGCUUUUCCAACUACAGCUUGGCAAACACGUCUAACAUGACAAGCGCCGUCGUGGAGUUUUGGGAACGGAAUGUGCAUCAGCUUACGGAUGGUCUGGAAAAACCAGGGGAGAUCAGAGUGCCACUUGCAAUAACACUUGCCAUCGCAUGGGUCCUGGUCUACUUUUGUAUCUGGAAAGGUGUGGGUUGGACAGGAAAGGUGGUCUAUUUUUCAGCCACAUAUCCAUACUUCAUGCUGCUUAUCCUCUUUUUCCGUGGAGUUACUCUGCCAGGAGCCAAAGAGGGCAUUUUGUUCUAUAUCACACCUAACUUUGAAAAGCUGAAGGAGUCUGAAGUGUGGCUUGAUGCUGCCACUCAGAUUUUCUUCUCCUACGGACUCGGCCUUGGGUCUCUGAUUGCACUCGGGAGCUACAACCCUUUCACCAACAAUGUUUACAAGGACUCUGUCAUUGUAUGCUGCAUUAACUCCUUCACCAGCAUGUUUGCUGGAUUUGUCAUUUUCUCCAUUGUGGGCUUCAUGGCUCACAUCACAAAGAGGUCUAUUGCCGACGUAGCUGCAUCAGGUCCAGGCUUGGCGUUUUUAGCUUAUCCAGAGGCUGUUACUCAGCUCCCCGUUUCACCACUUUGGGCAGUUCUGUUCUUUUCCAUGCUGCUUAUGCUUGGAAUUGACAGUCAGUUUUGUACAGUAGAGGGUUUCAUCACUGCGUUGGUGGAUGAAUUUCCGCGCUUAUUGCGAGGACGACGCGAAAUCUUCAUUGCCGUUGUUUGCCUUGUGUCUUAUAUCAUCGGACUGUCAAACAUCACGCAGGGUGGCCUCUAUGUGUUCAAGCUUUUUGAUUACUACUCUGCCAGUGGAAUGUGUUUGCUGUUCCUGGUGUUUUUUGAGUGCAUCUCCAUAUCAUGGUUCUAUGGUGUCAAUAAAUUCUACGGAAAUAUUGAAGAGAUGAUUGGAUACAAACCUUGCAUUUGGUGGAAGUUGUGUUGGGUGGUAUUUACUCCAUUAAUUGUGGUUGGUGUGUUCUUGUUCAGUGCCAUCCAAAUGGUUCCCUUGACCAUGAAUAAUUAUGUGUUCCCCAAGUGGGGACAGGGUGUAGGCUGGUGUAUGGCCUUGUCUUCUAUGGUCCUCAUUCCUGGCUACAUGGGCUACAUGUUCCUAACAUUAAAAGGCUCCUAUAAAGAGCGUCUCCGGAUAAUGAUUCAGCCUACGGUUCUGGUCAAAAGCCAAGAGAAUGGGCCCGAGCAGCAACCUGAGAGUGUGAACGCAGCCAAUGAGGAAGCAUACAUCUAAAACCCUGGACAUUGCAGGUCCUUUGGAACAAAAACAAAAACAAGUAAUCAAGGUUGAACACUAGCAGGGACUUCUGUGUCUAAAAUAUAAUCACCUACCUCCAGGGGAAAAAUGUAACCAACCUGAUUACAGCUGUUUGAAAAUUUAAAUGCGUGUAUGAAAAAAAAAAACAACAACGAUCCAGCGAUGAUCUAGUGCUAGUUCGUAUUCCAUAUGCAAAAUAUUAGUCUUUCCAAAAUGUAACAUUGUAACAAUUACUGUCCGGAUCCCGAUGUGAUUGAAGACUACUGUGCUAAUUCGAUAUAUAUAUAUAUAUAUAUAUAUAUAUAUAUAUAUAUAUAUAUAUAUAAAAAUAUAUAAAAUAUAUAUUUACCUUAUGUAAUUAUGUUAAGAUAUUGUAUAAAGAUCUUAGAAUAGAAUCAAAUUGUAUUUGAUUGUAUUUGAAGACAUAAAAAAGUUAGUAGGCAAAAAUAUGACAAAAUAUAAUGAACUGCAUCAUUGUCUAGUUUUGAGCAAUGGCCAUUAUCGGAGCAUAAAACUGGUCCUCAUGGCCUGUGUAAAAGGAUAUGUAAAGAGACUCCUACUGUUUUAUUAUCCCAAACAUCCACGUACGCUGGAUUAGUUUUACCUGGUUUGGUACUCUAAAGGUGCGGUCAGUGAUUUUUUUCACCAGAACACGUCUUAUAUUUGGUGAAGUUCUUCUCAUUUCAGCAGGUAUCGUGUUCUAUAAAUGAAUGGGAAAAUGUGUAGUCAAUUUCAGUAUCAGUAGUCUAAAAAUAAAGAUAGGAGGUGUUUCCACUUUCCUGUCAAUUUAGAGUGCUCCUCUAAUUUGCAUUCCGGUGUGUGUUAGGUGAAUCAAUUAGAGAUUGAAAUUGGGUUUUCAAAACAUAAUCCAACUGCCACCCAAAUAAAAUCACUGACUAUACAUUCAAAUGAUUGCCAACAAGAUCUAUGAAUUUUAGAUCACUUGAAAUGCAUUUUUUUUCUUGUAUGACAAUUCCAGAGCGUAAAAAAGCUCCAGUGUUUAAGCAAACAUGGCGAUCUCUCUUCGAAAGUAGUCCUUUCUGAACUAACAGUAAUGUAAUAACAAAAUCUGGCAAUAGUCAGUAACACCUUGUUUAUCUAAAAAAAAAAAUUUUAAAAAAAGUUG